AUGCUAUUGCUAAUGCCAAAGAUAUAUACUUACUUUGACUAUCAGAUGGACGACUCUAUUUCUGCCGGUGGGUCUACCGCCAAAAAAAAAAAAAGACUGGCUAGCUCAACUUCACAAACACCUCUGAACCUCGCCGGGGGGAGUUACUAUAGGCGAGGACGAAAUUAA